CUCACGGGUUUAUAAUGAGGGGCGGCAGGAGAACGAGACACACUGCUGCAGCUCUACCAACUCAACAAGAUGGUGUUCACCUUAAAGGACAUGAGCUUUAAGGCUGGGAUGGAGAUGAAGAUCACUGCAAAGACUAAACCAGGCUGUGACUCGUUUGCCAUCAACAUCGGUCAUGACGCCGACGCAAUCGCUCUUCACUUCAACCCUCGCUUUAACUCGCAGGGCGACACCAACACCAUCGUGUGCAACUCCAAGCAGGGCGGCUGGGGCGCCGAACAUCGUGAACCCUGUUUUCCCUUUGAACAGGGUGAGGAGUUCAAGCUGACCAUCUCCUUCAACAACGAAACCUUCUACAUCAAGCUCCCCGGGGGCACCAUGAUGAGCUUCCCGAACCGCUUCGGCGACGACGUCUUCAAACACGUGCACACGGCGGGAGACGUGAGGAUCAGCAGCAUUAAGAUCAACUGAGCAGGACAGUGACGUUCUCCUGUGGUUCCUCAGUGUGUCAGACCUCAUGAGAUCUCUGGUCUGAUGUUCUUCACUGAUUGCACCGAUCCAAGCCACUCCAGUGUCAAAUAAAUCCACUGACAGAAUGUGAA